UCGAUCGAUCGGUCCAGCUCGCCAACGAUUAUUCGAAAUUGAACGAGUGGUGGCGCGUGGAAUUUGCGCUCGAUCGAGGAGGGUUAAAGAGAAGAGGAGGAAGAGAACGGUCGCGCACGAUACAGGAUCGAAGGCGGCGCGUAGCCAUCUGACAGCCCAGUACACGGUGCUAGAUGUCGCCAGUGACGCGAUCCGCUUUGUCCCGCUGAUCGUGAUCGUCCAAGACUCGCCGGCUCGUUCCCCUUCUCCCGUCCGUCUUUCCUUUUCUUCUCUUUUCUUUCCUUCUCCUUUUCGUUUUCUCUGUUCCCGCCGUUUCGAUUUCCUUCUUUCUUCCCAUUUCCCUGUUUUGCCCUGGCGGUUACCUUCGACCGGCACCGACGCGUAAAACAACGAGCAACAAGGUAGAGAGGCAGGCCAACUCGCGCGUUCAAGGUGCUCGCAUACCGACGCACGCGCGGCUCGAUCGCGCGCUAGCCCUUCUCGUUCCACGCACCUGUUCCGUUGUUGUCGUUCCGCCACGGCGUGCUUGCACGCGACAGCUCGUGCCACUUACCUCCAGUUACUUGCCGAGAGCCGGCCUCUUCGCCGAUCGUUAAAUCGUCGUGAUCGGCGGCGAAGGGGAAGACCGAAGCGAAGGCGACGCGCACAGCGGAACGAUAUCGAUGUCGACGAUGAGGACGAGACGAUCGCCGUCGAAAACGUUGAUCCUAGUUCUGGCUCUGGCUUUCGUUUCGCCGAUCGGUCGGUGCGGCGCUUCGGAAAGCAUAAUAGUGUGCAGGAAUAUGUGCGCGAGGAAACCGAGAGGGACGUUGCGACGAUGGCUUCGCUGACCUAACACAACGCGGCUGGGGAAAGGCCGGCCGAACCGUCGACCUCCCAUAGAUAUUUGACCUUCGAUGCGCGCACGAUCGAUCCCACUGGAUAUCGAUAGCUGUGUAUCACGAAGCCGAGAAACAUGCGACAUCGAAGGAGAAGAUUUCACCGUGGACAAGAUCCCGAAUACCAGAUGUUUCAACUGUUUGUGCAAGAAUGGUUUCGUCGAGUGUAGGAAACAGCAGUGCCCCAGCAUCGAGGGUUGCUACACGUUGUUGGAACCACGCGAGGAAGAGUGCUGUCACAGGUGUAAAGGUUGUAUGCGGAAUGGAGUCCAUCAUGAAUCCGAGACGGAGUGGACCGAGGAGAACGAUCCAUGUAGAAUCUUCACUUGCAAAGCCGGAGUGAUCACGGAGUCUCGACUGCACUGCUACACGCCUUGCGCGAAUCCUAUUCCGGCCGCGGCCGGCCAAUGCUGCCCGGUGUGCGCAGGGUGCAACGUAAACGGACAGCUAGUGACGGCAGACAGAUCGGUGACCACCACGGAAGAUCCCUGCGUUACUUGCAGAUGCAACGCUGCCGGUCGAUUAACGUGCGCGAAACAGGCCUGCCCGGUGCUACAUUGUCCCGGCUCGAAGAUCGUUCACGAUUCCGGAGAAUGUUGUCCGCGUUGCAAAGGCAGUCGAAGAUACUUGUCGCCGCCGAAAGGCGCGUGCAUGCUGGGAACGGGCAUCUACAAAUCCGGCAAUCAGUUCUACCUGGAUCAGUGUACGCGGUGCAGCUGCUCGAAUUCCACCGUCUCCUGCGUUCGAGAAACCUGCCCGGUACACGACUGUCUGGCCGAACAUCAGAUCGCUGUUCCCGGCCGUUGCUGUCCCCAGUGUUCCGAGGUCGAGGAGGUUCGACGAUCCUGCACCUACGCCGGCAAAACUUACGGGGAUGGCGAAAGUUGGAAGCUUGACUCGUGCAAGGCAUGCGCCUGCAUGCAAGGUAAAGUACGCUGCGCGAUGCCGAUGUGUCCACCGUUGGAUUUGCCCUGCCCUCCGAACUCCAGAUUGGAACAUCCGGAGGGCCAAUGCUGUCCUCGUUGCGUGGAAAGUGACGGAGUGUGCACCGUUUUCGGGGACCCGCACUAUCGUACGUUCGAUGGCAAGUUUUAUAGCUUCAAGGGAUCUUGCAAGUACCAGCUAGCCAGCGAUUGCUCGGGACACACGUUCAGCGUUCGAGUGACGAACGACGCCAGGUCGACCAGAUUCUCCGCAUGGACGAAGACGAUCGCGAUCAAGGUAGGCGACUUGAAGGUGAAUCUCGGGCAGAAGAUGCGAGUGAAGGUAAACGGGAAGAAGGUGGAGAUACCGUUUCGCAUGGCGAACCGGCUGGACGUGAAUCGCACGACGGACAGCAUAAUCGUGAGCACGCAGAUCGGAAUCAAGGUUCUGUGGGAUGGGAUCAGUUUCCUGGAAGUAUCGGCGCCGACUUCGUACAGGGGACGGCUCUGCGGUCUCUGCGGCAACUUCAAUUCCCUACCAAAGGACGACUUUACCAAUCGAAGGGGCAAACUGUUGCAAGAUCCUCAACCGUUCGGUCAAUCUUGGCUAGUGGGAGCCAAAAAGAGCUGCGUCAGGCCAAAGCCGAGCGUGAGCCCGGACCGGGCGAAACGUUGCAGAGGACGAAAAGAUCACAGGUUAUGCAACAGGCUGAGGUCGCAGAUCUUUGACGCUUGUCACAAGAAGGUGAACCCGACCAUGUACUACAAGGCUUGUCUACAGGACAUGUGCGAAUGCCCGACCGAGAAUUGCUACUGCGAAUCGUUCACCGCAUACGCGCACGAGUGCAAAAGGCUGGGCAUUCAAUUGCCGCAUUGGCGAAAAUCGACCAGAUGUCGAACCGGUUGGGACCAGUUCUCGGGAUCUGGCCCAUCUCUCGGUCCACGUUUUCCUUGAUCCAUGCGUACGUCCCCUCCUUGUCCUUUCUCUCGAGCGUCGAGCUUCGAGUCUCGAGAAAAAGAAAGAGAGAGAGAGAGAGAGAAAGAGAGAGAAGGGUGUCCGAGGCGAUCGACGUCCCGACCGCGAGGAAACGAUCGUUCGCGCCUCUUCUCCUCUCGGUCUCUGUCCGCGUUUGCCGGAUUCGCGAGCGAUCGCUCCGCGAAAUUCUCAGCUAGUCACCGCGUUUGUUAGCCGCGACGAACCGAUCGAUUCGCACCGCAGACGAGCAAACGCAUCGCGCACCAUCGUACAAUUACUGUACACCCGCGUCCCGUCGACGAUCGCCCUCCUUCGUCCUCGCGAGUACACGACGUCUUCCUUCCCUCUCCUCAUCCGAUCGCGAAUCCUAUCGAGCUCGGACGAUUCCCAAGCACCGUGCAGUAUUUCGGCCGAUGAGCAGGCUCGCGGCAUAUCGUCUACGUCCCCGGCAUUCGUUAAAUCCUCGAUAUUCGUAGAUUUAAGCCGACAUCGCGUAAAACCGCGCGAUACCACUCCUACUUUCCAUCUUUUCUUUCACGCUGCUCCGCCUCCCCUUCUCCUCCUCGUCGUCGUCGUCGUCGUUUCUCUCUUUUCUUCGUAUGUAUAUAAACGUCCACGUUUUUACGAUUAGAUGUUCGAUCUCGACGAGACGUCGUCGACUGUACAUAAAUACCCCGGACCAGGCUCGCGAAACAGCGAGUCGAUUCUUCGCGGGACGUGUUCCCACCGCGAUUUCUACUACACCUUUCUUCCAUUGUCUCGCGUCUUUAUUACCUCCUCUACAUUUUCUUAUUACUUUUCUCUCGCAUCCUACUCCUACUACUAUUUUUCCUAUUCGUUUGUGUUACGCGUCCAAAUUGUACAUAGUUCGAGUAUAGACACGUGCGCACGCAUACGCGCAGCGACAUGUAUACGCGUCUACGAGUUCAACUAUAUCGACAUAAUCGUCAACGUCUCGCGAAAGAGUCGCUAAUAUACCGGAGAUAGUCCAAAGCCUUAGCCAAUUUGUAUCGACUAUAGCAUAGAGAUGUUCUGGCACGCAUCGAGUACGAACGAAAUAAAUGAGUUAUAUUCGUAAA